AUGGAAGACACAACAGAGGAGGCCCUCAUAUGGGCAACGAGUAACCCUAAAUUGAUUGUAGCUGCUUCAACUAUUGGUAGGCUCACUAAUGACUUUGCUGGAAGUGAGUUUGAGCAAGAAAGAGGACACGUUGUCUCAAGCCUUGAUUGCUAUAUGAAGCAACACAAUACCUCAAGGCAAAACGCCAUUAAAGAACUGCUUAAGUUGGUUGAGAGUGCUUGGAAGGACAUUAAUGAACAAUGCCUUAAUCCUACUCAACUUCCAAUCACUUUUCUUAUGCGUGUUUUGAACCUUGCACGCACGAUGGAUGUGAUUUACAAAGAUGAAGAUCGCUACACAAAUUCAGGAGGAAUAAUGAAGGAUUACAUCAAAGCUUUACUAGUUAAUAAGAUCCCUAUACACUACAAGAAAAAACACAUUUAG